AUGGCAGGCAUCUAUGACCGAGUUCCGAAGUCGGAACCUAGUCCAGCAAUUUCUGGAUUAGCUGCUCGAAUGCCUGUGUCUCAUGGUCUACCUGUCGCCCACCCAAUUCCUGGUUCCUCUCUGGAUCAUCUGACUAUGGACAUGAAAAACCUAGUCAAAAAGAUUCAAGACCUCAGCCACUUGGGAAUUGAAGACAGCAAGAUCAUGCUGCCCAAAAUAUGUGUCGUCGGUGACCAGAGCACCGGAAAAAGCUCCCUUAUCGAGGGUAUUUCCGAGAUCAAGGUACCUAGAUCCGAAGGAACCUGCACGCGAUGCCCCCUGGAGAUCAACCUUUCCGAAAGCAAUGACAACUGGAAAUGCGUGAUCCACCUGUCACGCCGCUACAUCUUCGACCCGUCGAAGGAUCCGUCGAAGCGGAUGAAAAUGCCCAAGAAGUCAGAGCCACUAGGACCAUGGACUGCCCUUGGUGGCCAAGAUGAUGAGCAUUUCGUCACCUUGGAAAAUAAACGAGAAGUCGAAGGGGCUAUCCGGUGUGCCCAGUUAGCAAUUUUGAACCCUAGCACAGAUUCGCAUGAUUUUGUCCCCGGAUCUAACGACAUGGCACAGACAUAUCAAGUCAAGUUUUCUCCAAAUGCCGUGCGGUUGGAUAUCUCCGGUUCGGGUCUUCCCAAUCUCUCGUUCUACGAUCUGCCUGGGGUGAUUAGCCAGGCCGAACAUGAUAAUGAACGAUACCUGGUGAACCUGGUCGAAAAUCUGGUCAAGGAUUAUGUUUCUCAGGAGCAUUGCAUUGUACUCCUCACACUUCCCAUGACAGGCGAUGCGACAAAUUCUAGUGCUGCUCGUCUCGUGCGGGACAUCAAGGGCGCAAAAGAACGUACCCUUGGAGUCCUGACCAAACCCGAUUUGCGAUCCCCCGACGAGGCAUUUGACCAGUGGCUUGAAAUUCUGGAUGGAAGCAAGUUCCACCUCGGUCACGGUUAUUAUGUCAUUCGGAACAAUAAUGACCCAUUGGUCAGCCAUGCACAAGCUAGGAAGGAGGAAGAUGAGUACUUUGGCUCUUCACUGUGGAGGGAUCUCUCUGCAUUCGAGGGCCGUUUUGGUACUCGACAGCUUCAAACGGCAUUGUCUGACCUUUUGAUGCGCCAGAUCUUAGGAUCUUUGCCCUCCAUCAUUGCCCAGAUUGAUGAAAAGUCGAAAGCUAUUGAUGAAGAACUUCGAACUUUGCCUAAUCCUCCUACUGAGGAUGUUCAGCGGAUCCUUUGGGCCAAAACCUCGGACCUUGAGCGGAAAAUUCAUGAACUUUUUGAUGGAACACCCAGUAUCGAGCACAGUUCCUCUCAGCGAAAGCCACUGCAGGAGCAGUGGAACAAGAUCGUUAUGGACCUCCAGACCGCGCUCGCAAAGACACGCCCCAUCUUAGAUGUUGCUGCGCAGAAGGACAACGAAGACUUGGCUGAAGUUGUUGAUUCGGAUUGUGAGAUGAAGAUUGUGGGCGCCAACACGUCCACACCGAAGAAAAGAAAAUCGCCUGCAAGCGUUGCUUCUCCAUCAGAGCCAGCAACUCCGAGAAGGACCAUGUACAGCACCUCCCACUUUGAAGGAUCGAAGUCUGCCCGAAUGAACCUGCAAUACCUCACAGAACUCAAGAUUCGUUCAAAUACAGUUGGUGUACCAAACCAGCUUGAUCCACGAGCAAUUGAAAAUCUGAAUAAAAGAAGCGUUGAUCAUUGGGGGAAGCUCAUGGAGAUUUUCCUGAAGGCUACACAUAGCCUUGUGCACGGCAUGUUGAUUGAAGCGCUUGAGGACGAGUUCGCCCAGUACCACCAGACUGGGCUGUAUCAGGAACUCAGCAGAAUCUUGAAGGAAUUUAUGAGCAAGCUCCGCCAUGCUCAUCUUCAAAUUGCCAAAGAUUACUGCAAGUCCGAGCGCGAGAUACCGUUCACAAUGGCCCAAGGUCAACACCAGGUCUUGAUGCAACAGGCUUCGAGCUCUCUGAGAGCUCGUCGAUUUAAUGCUCGCGCCAGUUGCUGGCUAAAGAUUCGUGGCCAUGAUAUGAGUGACGAAAGAAUUUCUGACAAGAUCAAGAAGAUUCAACCAGAGCAACUUGGUCCUGAUAGAUACUCGCAAGAAAUUGAGAUGAUGGCCAGCUCGCUGGCCUACUAUGAUAUCGCAUCUUCCCGUUUCCUAGACGUCUUGUGCCAGUCCACUCACAUGAAGUUGUUCCGGACUUGCCGCGCAAGUCUUGUUAAUACUCUUCGUGACGACCUGGAGAUCUUCGGCGAUAAUGGACGUGCCCGUUGCCUGGACCUCAUGACAGAAGACCCUGAACGCCAGCAUCGCCGUGCACAGUUACUGAAGGAGCGAGAGAAGUUCAGCAAAGCUCAAGAAUGGCUGGACUCCGUCCGAGAUUCAGACGUUGAAAUGGAAGAUUCCGACCCAACUCCUCUCGCAGACAUCAAAGAGGAUUGGUAA